UAUGUUUAGAGUCUCGAACUGAGAUUAAUACUUUGGUACCAAUCUCAUUGAUUAAAAUAAAAAAGCUUGUGAGAGACAGAUAAGGGAAACGGUGUGCCACGAACACGAGCUACUUGUUACAGAAUACAACUAAAGUAAUAAUAACGUUUAAAAUGUAACUCCAAGGUCCAAACUUCGCUUCUGGGUGUGACUCCAAACAAAAACUACUACUUGCUUAGCACACAAUAUUAUGAAAACCACCGCAGAGGUUGUUUCAUCUCAUUGUCUUGUUGUAGCAGAGUGCUCUCAAUCCAGCCCCACACAACUUUCUGCUAUGGAACCUCAGAUUCUGAAUUUGGGGUGCAUGCAUUACAGAAGGAGAUGCAAGAUCAGAGCGCCGUGCUGUGAUGAGGUUUUUGACUGUAGGCAUUGCCAUAAUGAAGCUAAGAAUUCUGAGGAGGUUGAUGCUGUGGAUCGUCAUGAUGUUCCACGCCAUGAAAUUAAGAAGGUUAUCUGCUCCUUAUGUGAUGUAGAGCAAGAUGUUCAGCAGUACUGUAUAAACUGUGGAAUAUGCAUGGGCAAGUACUUUUGUACUAUAUGCAAAUUCUUUGAUGAUGAUAUUUCAAAGAAUCAAUACCACUGCGAUGAAUGUGGCAUUUGCAGAACUGGAGGCAAGGAUAAUUUUUUCCACUGCAACCGAUGUGGAUGUUGCUACUCAAAGGUAAUGGAAAAGGGGCACCGUUGUGUAGAAGGAGCAAUGCAUCACAAUUGCCCUGUUUGCUUUGAGUAUCUUUUUGAUACAGUAAGAGAAAUCAGUGUCUUACCUUGCGCGCAUACUAUACAUUUAGACUGUGUAAAGGAAAUGGAAAAACAUCAGAGGUACUCAUGUCCCGUUUGCUCAAAAUCCAUCUGUGACAUGUCAAGUGUGUGGGAGAAGCUUGACGAAUUGAUUGCCUCAACUCCAAUGCCUGAAACCUACAAAAACAAGAUGGUGUGGAUACUUUGCAAUGAUUGUGGAGUAAACUCUCAUGUACAAUUCCAUAUUGUGGCCCAUAAGUGCUUAAGUUGCAACUCAUACAACACAAGACAGAUACAAGGAGUACCUGCCACAUCAAGCUCUUCUAGGGUAACUGAAAUGGUGAGAUGAACAUUUGAUUGCAAAAAGGUCUCUUGGAAUGGAAACUGUUAGACUAUUGAUGUGAUAGAGAAAUUAGUUGCAAGUUGUUAUAAUUUAAAUUUCAAUAGAAACAGCUCUUGUUGAACAGAGUUACUCUGUUAUGACACAAAUUAAAUUCUAGUUAUCAAACUUAGAUAUUAGGAGGAUAAACUUGGUUUAGGAUGUGUUGUAUUAGUGUUCUUAAAACCUAAGAAACAAUUAGACUUCAUUGUCAAUGCCAUCAUGGCAUUAUCUGAAAAUCAUGUAAAGAUUCAGAACACCGAUAUUCAAAGCUCCCAAAAUCAAACCCAUACAGUUUAAGAAUUUAA